GUUUUGUUUACAUUUCAAAAGAAAUUUAUCGAUAUUUUUAUAAUUUACAAACACUUCAAAUUUUAUUAUUAUUUUAAUCAACAGUGUACUCUAUCUCUUUCCUCAAAGUAGGUAGGUACUUUAUAAAAAAGAAAAUUAAAAAAAAAAACACAGAAAGACUCAUCAACUUAGAAAAUCAAUAAAUUCGAAGACAUAUGGAAAAGAAGUUUUGAAAAUGUUUUCCGCAAUAAAAAGGUUCGCCAGCAAAGGAGAUGGGGCCUCAAACAAUCUUGCCUCGAAAAGUCCCAAUGUCCAUGCAAUGUCCUCCUCGUUGCAAAAGAAAUUUGCCAAAGGGGUUCAGUAUAACAUGAAAAUCAUCAUCAAAGGCGACAGAAACGUGGGCAAAACCUGCUUGUUUCAUCGUCUGCAAGGAAAAAAAUUCAUUGAAGAAUACAUUCCCACAGACGAAAUCCAAGUGGCCUCUAUUCAGUGGAAUUAUAAAGCCACUGAUGAUAUCGUUAAAGUUGAAGUAUGGGAUGUUGUAGAUAAAGGCAAAAAGAAAAAACAUUUUGACGGUCUAAAACUGGAAAACGCCCAGCUAGAAAUCCCAGAAGAGGCGGCAUUAGAUGCGGAAUUCUUAGAUGUGUACAAAGGCACCAACGGUGUCAUUAUGGUACUGGACUUAACCAAAAGUUGGACAUUUGACUACAUCCAAAGGGAAUUACCAAAAGUUCCUGCUCACAUUCCAAUUAUUAUCCUAUCAAAUCAUUGUGAUAUGUCCCAUCAUAGAACCGUAACAGCGGAUCAUGUUAAUUUUUAUAUUGAAUCUGUUGCUGGUAAUAGGGCAGCUCAAGUACGUCACACAGAAUCUUCGAUGCGGAAUGGGUUUGGACUGAAACUUUUACACAAAUUUUUCAAUUUGCCAUUUCUUCAACUACAAAAAGAGUCACUUUUAAGGCAAAUUGAACGUAAUGAAAUGGAAUCAAAUGCCACAAUUGAGGAACUAGACAUGUAUGCAGAAUCUGAUGAGGCUAAUUAUGCAAAGUUUUUGGAUAACUUAGUCAAAAAACGUAGAGAAAUUGCAGAUUCUAACGCAAACAUCCCUCCACCUUCUAUAAUUAUAACAGAAAAACCUACAUUAGACAUGAAACGAUCUCAAAGCUGUUCGAUAGUGAUUGGAGCAGGCAAGCCUAUUCCUUAUGGGAAUUUGGCAGCUACAAAACCCCAACAGCUACCACCAAAAAGUGUCAGUAUGACUAGUGGAUUCAAUAAAGACAGUGUAGAUGCUUCUAAAGCGGACAUUAUUGCUUCAGUAGAUGAGUUUUGUCCAGCGGAUGGUGGACAUUUAGGUGGAUUUUUGGAUGACGUUCAAUUUGGUGCACCAUCUAGGAUUGUUGAACAUGAAGAGUCUGAUUCGGAUACAGACACUGGAAAUCCUUUAGUUUCCGAACUUCAAGACGACUUUGAUCCAGAAGACCCUUCAAUCUCAAAACCAAUGAAAUUGCUUAAAAACUCAGCACCCUCUAGAAAUGGAAAAUCUGAUGGCAGUAGCGAGCCUGAAAUUGAAAAAACUGUUCCUGAAGAUUAUGAAAUGAAGCACACAAAUGAUGAAUUUGAUUCUACUAUUAAUUCCGAAAUAUCAGAAUUAACAUCUGAUGUGUAUGAUGCCCAUUGGGUGGCACCUCCUGAUUCAAAGUGGCGCCGAUCCCCUGAAGGUGGAGAAGAUACUUCAAUGGUUAGUCAAACAUUUGAUGAUAGUGCAUCAGUGACGUCUUCAAAUGUUCACAUGGAAUUAUUGACUUCAAGGAAAACACCAAGCUCAGGUCAAAGUGAGAGUGAAGAUACUCAUACCACCUCAAGUUCAGUUAAAAAGGAAAAGAAACAUGCAAAGAAAGAUAAAAAACAUAAAAAGAAACAUGAAAAAAGUGAGAAAAAGCAUAGGAGAAAAUCCAAAGCGGAAAAGGAUGAAUUAGAAGAGUUUUUGAAUGGGACUAGCAGUCCUCCAAUUGAUACUGCUUAUGAAGCUAUUUAAAUGUUUUAAUUUUAUUAUAGAAUAAAUUAGGAAGAUUCGAAUGAUGACUUAAUUAAUAUACAUGACAUUUUUUUGAAUUUAUUUAUAUAGGUGCUAAACUUUUUAUAUUUAUAAAAUUUAAAUGCAAUUAAGGGCUGGUUUAUUCAUCUUCUGAUAAACUGUCUGGUAUGCAGUCCAACGGAUAAAAACGCAAUCUCUAAUCCCAUUAGUCCGCCAGUUAUUCACCAACCAAUAGAAUUAUAGAACCGAAAAUUUAUCUUGCAGAUACCUACCAGCAAGUUUAUCUGGAGAUGAAUAAACCUAAGCCUAAAUUAAUUUCACUAGAACGUAUAUUGUUAUAUUUCUAGAUCAAUGUCUAUAUUACUGUAUUGCAAUGCAUUAUCGCUUAAAUUGUUACUUGUUAUUGUAAUUUUCAAAUAUCGUUUUUUUUUUAUUUACAUGAUACAUCAAAUAUAUAGUUAUUUUAUCAUAAUGGUUAUUUUAAUUCGAGUCAAUAUCUGAUAAAAUAUGAAGAGAACAACAAAGAAUUUUCCAAGAGUGCAACUCUCAUGGUCAGCUUUUGAACCAUCCUAAAUUCUAAGAAACAUUUCUCAUAACAGUGAUGCAAGUACCCAUGAUUUGCAUAAGCUUGUGAUUUUUGUCUUAAGUAACUCUAUUUGUUCUUAUAGGAGCAGUUGUCGGCUACCUUAUAAUGUAUCAAUGCUCCAAAACCACAAACAUCUCAGAACAAAUUCCUACUAUCCUCGCAUCUAAAGUCUGUCGAUUUUAAUCUGAUACUCCAAAGGAAUGUGAGCUGGUGGCUCCCUAAGUAAGAACGCCAAUGGUCACCUGACGUCACACCGGUUUUUGCCAUAUGCUUCACCCCCUCGCUCCUCAAACGGAAAGUGUCAGAUUAAAAACGACAGAGGCUAACUCAACAAACAAAACUCAAUAAGGAUUCGCUUUAUUUCCCUCAAUAGCCACACGAAUCAAAUCAUUGCCUAAAAAGUAAUCAGUAGCCACAAUAUUAACAUCAUUAAACCACUCGUCUCUAAUCCACUUGGUAAUUUCCUUAUUCACUGUUUGCGCUAGCUCCCUCAAAUUGUUCUUUCUAAGAAUAACGUCCCAGGGCUGUGGAGUCAACUCAGCCAUUAAUGCGUACAUUGGAUUGGUGCUGCCUUUGUGCUGGUACAAAGCACUGUACAUGUAGUCUUUGAGUGGAGCUAGUUUGUUGGUGUCGGCCCAAAAUUGUUUGAUUGGGUGCCAGAGCCAAGGUAAAUCUGAAAUUAAAUAAUUUAUAUUCAGGCUUAUAAGUUUGGUUUUCAUUUACUAACGAUUGACUGUGGGUCUGUCAGCAUAAGAAACAAUAAUGCUUUUAUUUUGUGACCAAAUCUCGUUGAGUGUGGGACCGCUUCCAGCUUGUAGCCCAGUUGGUAGUACUACAUGGUCACCCAAGUAGCCAUAAACAAUUUCCGUAAAUCUACUGUGUAGAUCUUUGGUGAAAUUUCUUGGAAAUGGAAACCUGUGAAAAUCUACAAAAACGAUUUCCUGCGGUGCAAACUGGGCAAAUCUGCGUAUUUCUUCUAAAAUUGGUUCGAUUUUAGUUACCUUAACAUGAUCGUGGUAUAUGUAAAACCUGGAAACUUUGCAGGGUUAUCUAUUAGGGUUAUUAUUCAAAGCUGGCUCAUUGCUUACCCUCCUCCGUCUGCAAUAUAUCCGACUCUAAAAUCUAAAUAUCUGAUUCCAAACACCAACUGAUUCCAUACACUUUUAUCUUGAUUCAAUACGUAGCCUUCAAAGUAGGAUAUUAUUCCUUUAUACGAUCCAGAGUUGUGCGUUCCAGGUAUAAGCAUAUUUCCAAUUUUUUUCCUUCCCAAAUAUUGCCUGUUGUCGUACAUCCACGUCGGCUCAAUUGCCAAGCACCUGGAAUCAAUGAUCAUGUCAUAUUUAAUGGAAGAUAUCCAGUAAGGCAAACAGUGACGGCCUUCAUCCGGUCUCAAAGUGUUCCGGUCGUAUUCCCAAUUUCCUGGAAGCCACGGUUCAUGGAAUUUAAUUUUGGUUCUAUAGUAUCCAAGAGGAUAGUCGAUAGUUCGGAUUUGGGCUAGGGCUGAAGAAAAUGUAUCCUCCU